GAAGUAGAAGAAGAAAAAUUUUAUCCAAUCAAACGAGUGUCUCACAUUAUGCGGAAGUAGUUCCGUUACGCGUUUGGAAAACAGUAGAAAGGAUGAGCUGUAACACCAGUGUAACACAUCUUGAUGUGACUUCACUGGGGCAGGUCAAACAGGCCCAGGUCCACCUCAUGCCCUGUGAGAUUGAGUAUAAUGGACCUGCCCGGGUCUCAGAAUAUUUUACUUCUACUACAAAAGACCGUAAACAAGAGAAGACGGUGUCAUUCAGAGGACGUGGUCUGAAAGGACAGGAAAUCAGCUGUCCACAGGGCUACACAGGCCUGGUGUUGAAGGAGAUCAACAAGCAUGGCUCUGACCAGGAGGACAGGACAGUGAGGGUAUCAUCUGUGUUUAACAAACUCACCUACUGGAACCUGGAAACUCCUCCAACCUCUGAUGAUACUGUGGUGAUGGCCAUGGACUGGCCUGAGCUUGCAGAUGCUAUCCACGGGCCGGUAGCUGAAUGAACAGACUGAUAAAACACCCUGUUAGGGCCGAUGUCUCUUCAGCUUUUUCCAAGUGGUACACAUCUUGCUGCCAGCUAACCAACGAUAACAGAGCCAGCUAUUAUAUUGUACCAAUUAUUGCUCACAUUUUAUUAAAAAAAAUUGUAAAUAAAGACAAAACAUUA